AUGGAUGGGCAGUAUGGCGAAGGAGAGGGUUGGGUUAGAAUGUGUUGGACGCGCAGGGGGGAGGGCAAUGGUCGAGAUGUCUGUUGCAAAUUUGUUUCAGCGCCUGGUGUCUAUCCGUCUGGUCUGUACAUUGACGGUGAUAGGUGUCCGGCUGAUUGGAAGAAGGAGAUGGUGCAGUUUCCCCCGCUAGACGGCAAUCUGCCGGGUAUUCUGCUUCUUCAAGGCGAUCCCCAUCAGCGACGCGAAGCCAACGGCGAUGAUGACCGCGCAGAGGGAGAUGAGCACGAUGGGGAGCGUCUGCAGCAUAGCGUUGGUCUUUUUUCCUUAGAGGGAGAGUUUGUGUCUGGUUCGAUUCGAGUGGAUUUUGGUGUGUGCUACGUACGGAAGUACGAGAGUAGCGUCCCAAGGGAGGAAAUGGGGAAAUCAGAUACGAAAACCACAACUGCAAACGGAAGAAAAUCAAAACUUGGGGGGAGACUAGUAGGUACGAUACUAGGCCACGGUUUAGCUCGUGGUCGGCCUCAAUGGAACGCAAGGGCGGCGGGAAUGCAGAAUCUGAGUUGGAUUGCUCUCGAAUUGGCUAUAACUAGCCAACAGGAUGACGUUGAUGAUGAUCAUGAUACCGGUAAUGAUACGUAUAGUCGAUUUUGCUGGAGCCGAGACAUGCAUAUAGACCCCGUAUACGGAAAUAUAACCGAUAUCUCGGGCGGACGUCGCGCCAACCUGUCACCGGGGCUGCUCGGCGCUGAUAUCUUUUCCCCCUUCUGUCCAUCAUUGUACGGUGUCCAUUCGUGCCCGGGCUACAAACCAGGUAUCAGGCACCUUCUCGUCUUGUCAAAGGCUUGA